AUGACUGAACUAACCACUCCAGUGUCCACCCCUCGCCUCGUACCAGGUGCUCCUCCCCUCGGUUCUACGUCUCAGAGAAAGAAGCGCAAGACCACCAAAUCCAAAGCCGUUGAUUCCCCCAUCGAGCCUCCUGUCGCUAUCCCCGAUUCCACCGCAGCGGCCCUUGUUGAGCGUGCACCAGACGCGACUGAUAUACAGGAAGGUUCAGUUGCUCCCGAACUCGUCGUCCAACCAGAAAACGAGAGUGUCACGGAUGACAAUAGUCCCAAACCGAGCCCUGUCGCUGAGCUUAUUCAAAAGCGUACCAAAGCUUUGGGCAAAAAAAUAACUCGCAUAUCCAGUUAUGCCUCCAUCGAGUACGAGAAGCUGAACGACGAUCAGAAACGCACUCUCAAGACACUGCCAGCUCUUGAAGCGGUUCAUAAGGAGCUGGACGAUGUCAAGAAGGCAAUCGAGGCUCACGAAGCAGAUUAUGGACGCGAACUUGCUCUCCAAAAAGCGGAAGCAAAACGUGCCGAACAAGCGCGUAUUUCGGAAGCAAUAUCUGUGACAAAGGCGUCUUGUAUCGACGGGACCCUGUCAAUAUUCUCCCUUAUACGCCUCCGCUCGUCGCUCGCCACAGGAGCAAUCUCGUCUGCCCUUGAUUUCAACGAUAUCGAAGGGAGUGCUAUCUUCGGCGUUACUGACACACUUCUUGGUGUGGACAGCGAGGCAAAACGUGAUGUCGUGGAUGGCUUGAUGUCUGGUGAAGGGAGCUUCAAUGAAGUUGCUUACGCGAGAAUACUGGACAUUGUAUCUUCUUUCUUGCACCCAGUACGGGAGCCUAGCCCUUUGCCUACAGAUGCAGAAAGUAUCCACGAGGGCGACGCUGCAGUACUUGCGCCAGGAACACCGCCCAUAUCAAUGACUGCUGCCGGUGCACCAACAAAUGGUUCUAGCGGUUUCCACUUCAUGCAAGCCAGUGAACUUGAUGGGCCCAGCUUCGAAAGCGCUGAAUUGGUCGAGAAGCCAAGUACUUCCACUGAAGCUAACUCACUCGAAAGCCAGGUAGAGGACGUGGCUGUCACUGAUCCAUCUAUCGAUGUUCCUUCGAAUGGGCAGCCGGCCGAUACUCCUGCUCCCAAUGGCGCUCUAGAUUGGGCUGAUGAGGAGGGUGGUCUCCCUUCCAUAGCCACCUUACAGGCAACGUUUGCACCAUCCGGAGCUGCGACACCCUUAGCUGAGAACAUUGGCAGCGAAGUGACAGCGACGGUCAGCACAGAGGUCGUGGCCGGGGUCGAGGGGGAUUCAGAGGAGAACGAGGUCGGGGACGGGGUGAGUUCCGAGGAGAACGUGGUCGGGGGCGAGGCGAAUUCCGGGGAGAACGAGGCCUGGGUGGUCGUGGAGGCCCUCGCCGAUCUGAUGGUGACUGGCGGUCACCGUCAGAUGACAAUCACAGGGGUGGCCGAGGACGAGGACGUGGUGGUGACAGAGAGGACAGAGGAGAACGAGGACGUGGUGGUGACAGAGGCGACAGAGGAGAACGAGGAGAACGAGGAGAUAGAAGAGACAGAGGCGACAGAGGCGAAAGAGGCGAACGAGGAAACAGAGGCGACAGAGGCGGACGAGGCGAGCGAGGUGGACGAGGUGGACGAGGCGAACGAGGUGAUAGAGGAGAUAGAGGAGACAGAGGAGGAUUCCAGGAGCGACGCGAGGCUCCACCUUCGUGAAAGUGACGUCGAUGAGUGGCUUUCUUCUGUUGGCGCAAAGGCGCAGAAUUAUCUUGUUACAUCUGUUUUCUCCACCGUUGCAUCCGUGCCUAUUUCGUGUAGCGCUUAGUUUCUCUUGAUCAAUAAUAUGACAUCUGUACUAG